AUGGCUCACGAUCAGCGCCGCCGCACUUACUGGCACCCUGAGAAGAACGAGGACGGCUCUGAUGAUUAUCUCUGCUUCUCCCCAUUUAUAACUUGUUAUUUUGCCUUCUCUCUCGAUCAUGUCGCCUCAGUCGACUUUUUGGAUGACACAGAGGCAACCAUUGCUGCUCAGAGCAUCAAGAGCGGGAUUUACGUAGGUCUGGCCGAGCAAGGAAUAGAUUUACCUAUACCCCAGCGCCCGUGUCACCGCCUACGGAUACGUCUUCUUAGUCGCGGCUUGCCAACGGCACGCGACCUUGAGAAACACUGUGUUCAAGCAUCAAUGUGUCUUCCCGUUUCCCCUGCUGUUUUCCAUCCUACGGGGCGACCACCAGCCAUCACUUCUAAGCCUUUCCCGUGGUCCGACAUGUACCACCACUCGCCCAUGUAUACCACGCUUCGUGUCCCAACUUGCACUCAGGACUAUUCUGCUGCGGUCUUCUCUAGUGAGCAGGAUGUGAGUCGCUUGCGCACGGCUUGGAACGAGGAUGAGACGGAGCGUAAAGCCCUACUGGAGGCAGCCCAGUCUCACGAUGUGGACGGUACGUCUUUGUAUCGAGAUCAAACCCAUGAAAUGGCUCAAUAA